AAAGAGUUGACUUUGCGAGUGCAGGUUUUUUUCAUUAUACUCUCUUGUUAUAUAUUUCUUUUGUGUUCUUCGUUGUGUAGAAAAAAAGUUACAAUUUUUUUUUUGCAAUUGAAAAGAAAACCCUUUUCCUCAAAAUUAAACGAGUUUAAAUCGAGAAUUACAAAUAAAAGAAAAAAAACCCAUCCCAAAUGCGUAGUGAUUGUAUAUUUUUCAACAAAAUUUACAAAUAACCUUUAUACCAAAUAGCCUAUUUUGGUGUCUCGUUUUGUUACCCCACCCAGCUCCGAAUGCAUACUACCAACCAAAGGUGCACUUAAGCCCGUGUGUGCUUCACAUUUUUUCUUUAUUGUUGUGUAUUGCCUUUGUGAGUUGCGAGCUAAGUUGGUCCCCCAAGGUGCUCCAUCAUCAAAUGUAAAAAGGAAAAAUCCAUCUGUGAUUUGUGAAACAGCUGCAAGGAAAAAAUUAGAAAAAGAACAAAAUGUCAGCAGACUCUGAUAUGGAUUAUUCGGAUAAUGAUUGCGAGUACGAUGAUUAUUACAACUCAGGUGAAGAUUGCGAUGUGGAACGAAUAGAUCCAAGAAAAACAGAUCCAGAAUACUUCGAAUAUGAUUGUCUAACAGUGGAAGAAGUUGAAAAACUUCUCAAUGAAUCUGUAGAAAAACUCAACACAAUCCUGCAAAUAACGCCAUCAUUGGCCAAAGUACUCCUGCUCGAGCACAAAUGGAAUAAUAAAGAAAUCACAGAUAAAUACCGCGAAAAUGCAUCAGCUUUACUUAUAUCAGCGCGUAUCAAACCGCCUCCAACCACAUCAAGUGCCGCCGCUUCAUCGUUCGCCUCGUUCAGUAGUUCCUCUUACAAACACAUAGCCGUAUCCGCACUGUCCAUUUCCGCCACAAGCAUUUAUCGUAGUCAAAUGUGUCCCGUCUGUGCGACCACACAGCUCGGCGAUAAAUUUUAUGCGCUCUCAUGUGGUCAUUCAUUUUGCAAAGACUGCUGGUCAAUGUAUUUCGAAACACAAAUCUUCCAAGGAAUAUCCACUCAAAUAGGUUGCAUGGCACAGCAGUGCAAUGUUCGUGUACCCGAAGAUCUCGUUCUGAAUUUGGUGACGCGCCCGGUGAUGCGCGAUAAAUACCAACAGUUUGCAUUCAAAGACUAUGUGAGAUCUCAUCCAGAGCUGCGCUUCUGUCCGGGACCGAAUUGUCACAUAAUCGUUCGCUCUGGAGAGAUAUGCGCCAAACGAGCUAUUUGCAAGGUGUGCAAUACAUCGUUUUGCUUCAAGUGUGGCAUGGAUUAUCAUGCGCCCACCGAUUGUCAGAUAAUCAGGAAGUGGCUGACUAAGUGUGCCGAUGACAGUGAAACGGCAAAUUACAUAAGUGCCAAUACCAAAGACUGUCCCAAAUGUCAUAUUUGCAUUGAGAAGAACGGUGGCUGCAACCACAUGCAGUGCUUCAAUUGCAAACAUGACUUUUGUUGGAUGUGUCUUGGCGAUUGGAAGACUCACGGCUCGGAAUACUAUGAGUGCUCUCGCUAUAAAGACAAUCCGAAUAUUGCCAACGAAUCGAUGCAUGUGCAGGCGCGCGAAGCACUCAAAAAGUACCUUCAUUAUUAUGAGCGUUGGGAGAAUCAUUCGAAGAGUUUGCAAUUGGAACAACAGACGCUUGAUCGUCUGAAAGCUAGAGUGAACGAAAAAGUGAUGAAGGGGCGUGGCACAUGGAUUGACUGGCAAUAUUUAUUUAAUGCAGCUUCAUUGCUUGCCAAAUGUAGAUAUACACUGCAGUAUACGUAUCCAUAUGCAUAUUUCAUGGAGGCUGGACCCAGAAAAGUUCUCUUCGAAUAUCAACAGGCUCAAUUAGAAGCUGAAAUUGAAAAUCUCUCAUGGAAAAUAGAACGUGCCGAAACGACUGAUUUAGGUGAUUUGGAAAACCAAAUGGAUAUUGCCGAAAAAAGACGAACAACUCUUCUAAAGGAUUUCUUUCCAACAGAUACGUUAUAAUAAACUUCCAUAGGACGAAUUAUUAAAAAAACAAAAAAAAAAAAAACAAAACAAAAAAAUAACCCUUUUCACAUACAAACAAUUUCCCAAUAGCUAAGAUUUUUUUCAAAAUGUACAAUUUAUUACAACUGAUCAUAUACAAACAUUAAUAACAACAACAAUAAUAAUAAUUAAUUAACAAAAAAAAUAUUACAAAUAUUAAAAAAAAGGUCAAUAAUGCCUUUAAAUUUAUCAAACAUUAGGGUAAUUUAUGAAUUGGCAGGGUAAUUGAUGAAACCCUGGUAAAUUGCUCUAACACAUGUUAGUUCAUGAAUAUUAAAUGCAUUUUACCCGGGUUUUAUACCAUUUUAUAAAUACCCAAAAUAGUUUAGAAUAGGUACAACAAUUAUUUUCUAUUGCUUAAAUUCUCAAAAAACAAAAAUACAA